CACCUGGUCGUCAUCCUCUCCCGCCUUCCAACAAGCUCGAGAGUUGCCGCCAUGGCUCUGCCUGACAACCCUUUGUCUUCGAAGAAGACAAUCUUGGAGCAACUCCGAGAAGGAACGGCCAAAUUCGAGCUCGUCUCUCACCCUUCCUCGCCAUUACCGGUCUUCAGCCGUCCUUUCGCAAAGAUUUCCCCUCCUGUCUUUGGGGGCAACGCUGCCAAAAAGCAAGCACCCGAACGCGGAGCAUCGCCGGCGAUGAGGAAGGUGGAGAGUUACUUCGUGGAGAAAAUCACUGGAGAUGGUCGCUGUAUGUUCCGCGCUCUGGUGAAAGGAAUGGCCAUGAACAAGGGAAUCGUCCUUAGCCCAAGGGAAGAAAGGGAAGAUGCAGAUGAUCUACGGAUGGCUGUGAAAGAGGUCCUCUGUGAUGCCGAUAAUGAGCGCCACCUGUAUGAAGAAGCCUUAAUUGCUAUAACUGUUGAAGAAUCUCUGAAGAGAUACUGCCAAAGAAUUGAGCAUUCCAACUUCUGGGGCGGUGAAUCAGAGUUGUUGGUCUUGUCAAAGUUGUGUUGCCAGCCAGUAAUAGUUUACAUACCAGAACAUGAGCAUACAAGGGGCAUCUGGAGUUCUGGAUUUAUUCCUAUAGCGGAGUAUGGAACUGAGUUCGCAAAAUCAUCUAAGAAGGGGAAAGCAAGAAAGCCCGUGAGGCUGUUAUACAGUGGCAGGAAUCACUAUGAUCUUCUCACAUGAUAUGAAUCAUUGUGAUCUACACACGAUUUUUGUUAAGCUUUUGCGUAAUGCUUCCAGCAAGCAGUCCAUUGAACUCUAUGUGUGUGUAAGCUGAUGGUUGUCAAAGAUGGAGCUGCACUAUCUGUAUUCUUUAUUCUUCACGAGACAAUGUCAGUGUCUUACCUGCUGCGGCCUCCA